AUGCCUGCGCUCAUAUUUCCCGGCGAUAAGCUGAAUAUCGAUAGUCAGAAGCCCACCUCUCUUGGUCCGGGACUGUAUUACGACCCAGUAACGCAAGAGAUAGAACCAACAAAUGCUGGGAUAGAGGUGGUUACUGAGACGAAGAGGGGCCAAACGGCGUACGUUGAGUUCAAUUCGAAGAGAUAUAUACCUGCAGUCGGGGACUACGUGAUCGGGGUGAUAGUGGGCCAGUUUUCGGACAGCUAUAAAGUGUCGCUUUCCAGUUUCUCAUCUAGCGUUACGCUGUCAUACAUGGCUUUCCCCAACGCCUCCAAGAAGAAUAAGCCAACGCUGAAGAUUGGCGAUUUGGUCUACGCCAGGGUCUGUGCGGCCGAAAAGGAGUUGGAAGCUGAAAUAGAAUGUCUUGAUUCCACCACGGGAAAAGAUGCCGGGUUCGGACUGCUGGAGGGGGGAAUGGUUGCGGAGGUGUCGCCGGCCUUUGCUCGCUGUAUGCUUUUCGAUCAAAAGUUUCCUUUCCUGAAAAUGCUCUCAAACUUCACGCAGUUCGAAGUCGCCAUCGGCGUAAACGGCAAGAUAUGGUUCAAGUGCGACGAGUUGAGAAACACGCUAGCGUGCUAUAGAUCAAUCCUAGACUGUCAGAAAAUACCCGUGGCGCAAUACAAGGAUACGAUAAAAACGCAUUUCAAGAAUAUAGUGAACGCUGCUACUGGUAGGUGA